AUGUAUGCUGGUGACAAACUGGGUCGCCGCAGAAGCAUUCUAAUCGGCUGUGGGAUUCUACUUAUUGGAGCUAUCAUCCAAACGGCUUCCUAUUCUCUCGCGCAGAUGAUUGUCGGCUGUGUGGUUGCGGGAGUUGGGAACGGAAUGAACACCAUCGCUAUAUCCAUCUGGCAGACAGAGACUGCUCGGCCAAAAGAUCGGGUGGAUGAACUACGGCUUUACCUUUAUGCCCCACUCGACUGUGACCUGGCGCUUUCCUUGGCAUUCCAGUACUUCUUUGCCAUUGUCACCGUCGCCUUAGUUCUCAUUACGCCAGAGUCUCCUCGUUGGCUUAUUAUGAAGAAUCGAGUAAGCGAGGCCCAGAACAUUCUCGCCAGGCUCUUAUCGAAGCAAUAUAACGACGCGGUUGUUGUGAGCGAGAUUCAACAUUUAGUUGCGUCUGUUCAUCAUGAAGCCGAAGUCCAGGAGUCGGUAGCCCUGAAGGAAAUUUUUACUUUUAAUAGUAAGCAGCAAAAACUUCGCCGUAUGUUCCUAGGAGCUGGUACUGCUUUCUUCCAACAAGUAGGAGGUACCAACGUCAUUGCAUAUUACCUCCCCGUGGUUCUUACGCGAUCAGUCGGUCUAAGCAGUCGCAUGGCCUUGAUCCUGUCUGCAGUGGACUCCAUGUCUCUUAUGUUCUGGGGCUCAAUGGCAGCCCUCUUGACCGACCGCGUUGGGCGAAAAAAAGCUGAUGCUCAUGGGCGUGGCUGCCAACAAUCAGGGUAUGUCGAUACUGGCUGUGGUUUUUAUUUUCGUCUAUUACGUCUUUUAUGGAAUGUCGCUGCUUUCGAUUCCGUACAUAUACCCCGCCGAGAUCAAUUCUCAGAAAAUGCGCAACAUUGGAACUCCUUUGCGACCACAGUCAACUGGAUUUUCGUUUAUGUUGUUGUGGCAACGCCUACCGCCAUCGAAAAUAUCCAGUGGCGGUACUAUAUGCUGUACGCCAUUUUCAACUUUUGCUUUAUCCCACUUAUCUACUACUUCUAUGUCGAGACUGCGACAUUAUCUCUCGAACAAGUCGAUAGGCUGUUUGAAAUCAAACAUGACGCAGGAAAAGACAUGAGUUGGGCGGAUGCAACGCGGAUCGCUCGUACUGAGAAUGAUGAUUUGCAAACACCGGUGGAGAAGGAUAUCCUGAGCGCAGAGCACUGCGAGAUCGCUCCCUGA